AUGCCUAAGAACAAGGGAAAGGGUGGAAAGAACCGCAGACGUGGUACCAAGGAGAACGAUGACCAGCGCCGAGAGCUUACCUUCAAGGAGGACGGUCAGGAGUACGCUCAGGUCGUGAAGAUGCUCGGAAACGGUCGUCUCGAGGCCCUGUGCUUCGACGGUAGCAAGCGUCUCGCCAACAUUCGUGGAAAGAUGCGAAAGAAGGUCUGGAUUAACCAGGGAGAUAUUAUCCUCCUGUCCCUCCGAGACUUCCAAGACGGUAAGGGAGACGUCAUCCUCAAGUACACUGCCGACGAAGCCCGUACCCUCAAGUCCUACGGCGAGCUCCCUGAGAACGCCAAGAUCAACGAGACCGACUCUUUCGGACAGGGCGAGGACGGCGAGGCCUACUUCGAGUUCGGCGACGCUGACUCAGACGAUGACUCUGAUGCUGGCGCUGGCGGCAAGAAGGAGGUUGACAUUGACGACAUUUAA